GUAGCCAGCUGUUGACCCCAUGUAACCUUGAGAUAAGCGCGGGGGGAUAUAGCAUUGCAGCAGACUCCCUUCAGUGGAGUCCUGCCUGGCCAGCUGUCCCGGACGGUCAGAAUCCCCCGCAGCCCCUACGCGCGCCUCAGGGACUCCCCACACAGCUUGGAGAGUCGAUCCAGUGACAGACACAGCCAUGGCUCUGAAGGGACCCUGCCCAGCUCUCCUGCUGCCCCUCGCUUUGCUGGUCGCCUGCCUGGCCCUGUCCAGCGGGGAUCCAUGGAAUCCCCUGAAUGACAUAUUCCGGAGACAGCACGUGAACAACCCCAAGAACGAAGCCAUCAACAACAAAGUCUACUGCAACAUGAUGAUGUGGGACCGGGGCAUAUUCUGGAAGUACACCAACACCUUCAUCCAUGCGCCCCUCAACAAUAUCAAUGCCGUCUGCAAAGCAGAUGGCAUACCCGUUGGGGGCUUCAAACGCAAGAGCAAGAAGGAGUUCACAAUCACCACCUGCACAUUUAACUUCGGGACCUUCUCUUUCAACGGACUCAAUGGCAAAAACAAGAUUGUCCUCGCCUGCUUGAAUGGACUCCCUGUGAAAUUUGUGAGGCACAUUUAGGACCCAGGCAGGGUGUGGAAGGCAAGAGGGGGACCUGCUGCUUGCUCUAACCCUGCUCUGUCCCUUCCACACUGGCCACGGCACCUGGCUCCUCACCCACCUCUAAACACUAGUAAGAUGGUAUAUGUGUUUUCACCCCUCAACCUCCGCUGCCCCUGUGCCCAUUGUACAGUAUAGCCGACCCUUCCCCGCCCUCUGCUUCCCCUAGUGUGCAUUAUACUGUAUAGCCGCCCUUCCCCACCCCUCACCCUCUGCUGCCCCUAGUGCCCAUUAUACAGUAUAGCCUCCCCUUCCCCACCCCACCCUCUGUUGCCCCUAAUGACCAUUAUACAGUAUAGCUGCGCCUUCCCAAUCUCCACCAUCUGCUGCCCCCUAGUGCCCAUUAUACAGUAUAGCUGCCCCUUCCCUGCCCCUCACCCUCUGCUGUUCCUAGUGGCCACUACUGUAUAGCUGGCCCUUCCCCAUCUUGUUAUCCCUGCUGUCACAUGGCGGCCAUCUAAAAACCUAUCCUUUAAUUAAGAAAUAUUAAUCAGUUUCAUGUUCUUGUAUUGUGUAUUCAGGCUGAUCAUGAGCAAUCCUCAUAUAUGUCAAGAUUAAGUGUUAUUGGUCAUUUGCUUCUCUUUUUUUCCCUCUGUUUCUCUGUGCUCCCUAAAUGCAAUAAAGCCAGA